UCAAACAUAUUGUACAUAUUAAACACAUCGAUUCUGCUUAUUACGUUUUGCGUUAAUGCCUCAUUUACUAAUGGGUGUAUAUAAGCAGGGAGCCCAACUUUAAAUGCAGACUGGCUGCUGCAAACGCCGGACUAGACUGGGGUAACAGACUGAUAUCAAACAUGCUACUUUGGCCGUUGUUUUUUGUUGCUAUAUUUAGCUGCGCGAAUGCCAACAACGUAAAGCAACUGUUGCAAAGAGUGCCUGCACCAGCUCCUUAUUUCAACGAACAAGAUGUACUGGGUCAGUGGUAUGUGCACUACCAUCUAAAAGGAUGUAACUAUGAGAGCUCCGAUAACUACAAAGACUACACACAAUAUCUGGUCCGAGGCGGAAAAGGAAGGUUAAUAAGUUACGACACAUGGAGAAAUGAUGAUCUAUGCAAUACACUAUCAUCACAACGUAUCCGACAAAAAGUGCCAGGGGUGUAUACAAACAAAGACCCAAUAGGAGCUAUAUGGAGCGGGACUAUUACUGUAGUAGCCAUUGACUACAAACGAUAUAAGAUAUUGUGGGGCUGUACCAAGAUGUCAGUAAGAGGCGACCUAUGUGACGAUCCUUUCCUACUUGUAUAUACAAGCACCCCAAAACCGGACCCUAAAACGUUUGCUACUAUUAACAACGCACUUCGGCAGAUAUUUGGUUUUUCACUCGGAAGUUUGCUAAGAAGCUAUCACGUGAUGCCUUGUGCUAUGAACGCUCCUCGACUUGGAGGCGGCAAAGGAAAAUGAGUUUGACAAAAGCCGUGGCAUACAUGUUACACAAUCAAACAAGCGGCAGCAACGACCGAUUUUGAUAUACAACCACCUUCAUGAGUAUGACUAAACUUUGAAGGAUGCGAGUCCAUUGUAUUAUAUAGCUGUUUUGUUAACAUGUUACGUCUUACAAUAAAUGUAUUGAAAACAAA